CCGCCGACUCUCUUUUGUCUCGAAGUCUGCAGAACUACGUUUUUCCAUUCGUUGGAAUCAUUUAAUCAACAAAGAAGGCCUUCAACACUCGGAGAAAUGAAAAACCAAAUGUGGGAGAAGACUUAUUAGGCAAUCUAAGGAAACGGAUUUGUGAGGAAAGGAUUGGAAUCAGGAUGCAUCUGCAAGAACCCUCACCGAGCGAAAAGAUUCUGCAACCUAUUUUUAUUCCGUGGCAUUUCCCGAGCAGAGCUUAACAAAACCAUUUCCUUUGGAUCCCUGUGCAUGUGCUUCACUAAACUGUCGCCGGAAUCCAUCAAUGAUCGCCUUUCGGAAGCAUGGCACGGGGGACUCCCUUAGAACAAACUACUAAUUUUAGCCUGGACACCGGAGACCACUUUGUUCCUUCUAGAGUGCCAUACUAGUAUACACUCUUGUAAAGGAAGGCAACUUUACCAAAACACAAAAAAAAACAACCCAAAUUAAUGCAAUGGGGAAAAAGAGAAGAAGCAUCUCUCUCUCACCCAAAAGGACCCAUAGGAGUCACAAUUGCCAAAAGAAGACGACUUCCCCUUCCCUUUCAUGUCCUUCGUCCUCUGUGUGGGCACGACUGCCUUGAUGGGGAGCGCCAAUAACUCCCACCACAUUAACUGGUGAACCAAUCAACCUUUGAGGGAAGCCAUUAACAAGAAGAGGAGGAAGAAGAUGGAGGAAACGGACCUAGACUUUGUGUUGGUUCCUUGCGGGCUUAUGGUGAUGGCGGUCUACCAUGUCUGGCUCCUCCACAGGGUCAUCCACUUCCCCAGCCGCACCGUCAUAGGCCUCAACGCUCUCAACAGGCAACAGUGGGUCUCCACCAUGAUGGCUGAUCCCAUGAAGAAUGGAGUAUUGGCGGUGCAGACCAUCCGGAACAACAUCAUGGCUUCGACGGUGCUGGCCUCCACAGCAAUCACACUGAGCUCCAUCAUCGGCGUCCUGGUUCGCACAAGCUCCGACCCGUCUGCGGCCCCGCUGGUGGUCGGAAACCGAUCGGCCACGGCGGUCUCCGUGAAGUACUUCGCCGUUCUGACGUGCUUCCUGCUGGCUUUCCUGUGCAACGUGCAGUCACUGCGCUACUACGGCCACGUUAGCUUCCUGGUGUCGACGCAGCAGCCGGAGACGACGGAAGGGGAGGUUGGGGUGGAGUACAUAGGGAGGGCGCUCAACAGGGGGAGCUACUUCUGGUCACUGGGGCUGAGAGCCUUCUACCUGUCGUUCCCGCUACUGCUUUGGACGUUCGGCCCCAUACCCAUGCUCGCCUGCAGCUGCGUCCUCGUGGCGCUCCUCUUUUUCCUCGAUUCCACUACCGAUUUCUCCCGCCGCUUUUUCUGCUUGCCUGAACUGGGCACCAAAUCAUCUUCAUCUGUUCCUGCCCAAGUGUGAAAGAGAGUUAAAAAGAGAGAGAGAGAGAGAUAUCUGUGAAGAUUUUGUAGAGUUGAAACAGGCAAAUUGAGUGAAGUGAAAAUUGCUAAAACGGGUAGCUAAUUGCGCUUGAUCAGCUAAUUUUUUUCUUAAUUUCGGAUACCAGAGUUCCAUCUAUGCUAAUACUUUGGUCAAAACACAACCGAAACAUUGAAAAAAACGAUAGACUAGCAGGUGCCAGUAGAUAACAAGCACGUUCUCACUCUGAAAAAAGCAAACAGAAAAAUGCCAACCCUGUCUGAAGGAACACUACAUGUUGAGUACUACUCAGAGCAAAGCAUCUCAUCCACAGUGAGAGCCACAUGAUCUUCUCACCUAAUUGGCGAAUCGUUUGAAGAUAAUGAAAAACUGAAACCAUCAAGGGAUGACGUUGAAGAUGAGAAUCAAGGGAUGACGUUGAAGAUGAGAAUCGUUUGAGAGCACACAAAUACCAAGAGAAUUAUCGACAGAUAUGCAUAGCAUCGAAUCCAAUGUAGGCGUAAAGGAAGAGCAUCACAUAAUUUGACUAAACUAAACGGUCGUCAUAAAAAUAUACCAUUCAAAAGCUACAAUCAAGAAAUAACCCUUCAGAUCUACGAAAGUGCAUGCAUCGAUGUGAAAAACUGAUGCAAUGUAUAUACAAUUGAUUCCAUAACAAGCUGCGACAAUGGCAGGAGAGCGUCAUGGUGGUCUAUAUACGAGAAAGAAAACAAGGAAAUUCAAACUUUCAAUAGGUGUGAAGGCAUUGUCAUGAAAGGAUUUUGUUGCACGAGCAUGCAUGAUUCCACGGUCACCAUGUUCUCAAUUCCAAAACUUGUUUGGGGAUGAAGGAUUCCAUGAAAUUUGCACCCGAAAAAAUUUCUGCAGACCAUCAACAGCAAAAUCCAUUGUAAAACUAGAAAGCAGACCAUCCCGUACAUCAAAAUGCACGGACCAAAAAUACAGCUCCAAAGCAAAGGGAAUCCAAAUGAAAUUCCAAAAAACAGAAAUUUGGAAUCGCUAUGACCAAUGUAGAAUUUGUGUCGUGUCUAAAUAUUCAAUCUACAAAAUGUCUCGAAGGAGAUACG